AUGUCCAUGGAUGACGUCGAUGAAGAGAUGCCCAUUGCUCAGAACAAGGACAGCAGCUACUUCGUGGAAUGGAUCCCGAACAACGUCAAGACUGCCAUGUGUGACAUCCCAUCCCGCAGUCUUAAGAUGUCAGCCACCCUUAUCGGUAACGGCACCGCCAUCCAGGAGCUGUUCAAGCGGAUCUCGAGGCAGUUCACGGUCAUGUUCCGACGCAAGGCUUUCCUCCACUGGUGUACCGACGAGAGUAUGGGUAAGGUGGAGUUUACCGAGGCGGGGAGCAACAUGAACGGUCUGGUGUCCGAAUACCAGCAGUAG